CGAGGUCCCAAUUUAGAAUCUAGUUUUUGACGCUGGCGGAGUUGUUGCUCGACGGCCUCAAGAUGUCUCAAAGCAUCUCUCGUUCUUUUGUCUCUUUACCGUUCUUUGCAAUGCUGUUGUAUACUUUUGCCACGUUCCUAACCACCAUUGUUCUUUCUCUUUGAUUUUGUCUAUGGUGGUUGGAGAUCUUUUUCGAACGUUUUCCAAAGAUUCAUUGCUCUGCCGAUCCUUUCAGGCGAGAUCCUUUUUCACCUUCGUCUGGUCGACAUGGUCGCCGGUGAGAUCUAUCUUCAGAAUCUGGUUGCUCGAUUUUCCGGUAACGGUGGCUCCAACUCUAAUAUAUCGUCUCUCUCACCUCCGGGUGAAGACAUAUAUAAAGUUGCCAGUUUUUUGUCAUACUUAUCCUCAACGAGCCAGCGUUUACACCGCACCUCCCUCUUUGCCGCUCUCGAGAUUUGUCCCAACAAAUCAGAGAUCUACUUGGCCAUUCAUUGUCGUUGCGGCUUCAUACCGUCGCCUCAUCCUGAACAUGCAUGAAAAUGAGAAACUAGGGUUUCUAGUUUUGACUUUUGAGUUACGUUUGGGCUUACAGCAAGAUGGGCCGGAUGAAUAAAAAGCACAACCCAGUUAUCCUAUUAGCCCUAGCACCUAUCUGGUUCAAGCCUUUUAUCCACAUUUACCACAAGCCAUCUCCUUUCCUGUUUUCACUCAUCUGUUCCACAAGCAGAUGUUGUGGUCGUGCCGGUGAAGAUUCGAAGGAUCUCCGAGAUGCGGUGGUGUUACCCAUGUCGUUCUUCUAUUCUUCCCCAAUCAUCAAUCGUGGACCCUUCGCCAAG